CUCGAGGAGGACAUCGCAGCGAAAGAGAAGCUGCUGCGGGCGUCGGAGGACGAGCGGGACCGGGUGCUGGAGGAGCUGCACAAGGCGGAGGACAGCCUCCUGGCGGCCGACGAGACCGCCGCCAAGCUGGAAGAUGAGCUGGUGUCACUGCAAAAGAAACUCAAGGGCACUGAAGAUGAACUGGACAAAUACUCCGAGGCUCUCAAAGAUGCCCAGGAGAAACUGGAGCUGGCGGAGAAAAAGGCCACGGAUGCUGAAGCUGAUGUGGCUUCUCUGAACAGACGCAUCCAGCUGGUUGAGGAGGAGUUGGACCGCGCUCAGGAGCGUCUGGCCACAGCUCUGCAGAAGCUGGAGGAGGCUGAGAAGGCCGCAGAUGAGAGCGAGAGAGGCAUGAAAGUCAUUGAGAGCCGAGCCCAAAAGGAUGAAGAAAAGAUGGAAAUUCAGGAAAUCCAGCUGAAAGAGGCCAAGCACAUUGCUGAAGAUGCUGACCGCAAGUAUGAAGAGGUGGCCCGUAAGCUCGUCAUCAUUGAGAGUGACCUGGAGCGCGCAGAGGAGCGGGCCGAGCUCUCAGAAGGCCAAGUUCGACAGCUGGAAGAACAAUUAAGAAUAAUGGAUCAGACCUUGAAAGCAUUAAUGGCUGCAGAGGAUAAGUACUCGCAGAAGGAGGACAAGUAUGAGGAGGAGAUCAAGGUUCUCUCUGACAAGCUGAAGGAGGCUGAGACUCGGGCUGAGUUUGCAGAGAGGUCAGUAACUAAAUUGGAGAAAAGCAUCGAUGACUUAGAAGACGAGCUGUAUGCUCAGAAACUGAAGUACAAGGCCAUCAGCGAGGAGCUGGACCACGCUCUCAACGAUAUGACUUCCAUGUAAAUGUUCAUGCCUGCUCGCACCCUCGCCCUCAUGCUUGUGUGGUGAACUCACUGUGACUCCCCUCUCAGCCCAUGGUCUCCAUUUCUGCACAUUUUGUUUGCUCUCUUGCAUAACCCAGGAUAGCCAUGGUCUUUUUCACAUUGUACUAACAAAGGCCAAGUGGGUUCAGUCCAUGCAAACUAUUUCAGAAUCCUUUUAUUUCAUAAGUGCUAGCUUGUUUCUGCCGAGAGAUGAACUGGACUCUGAAUGGCUCUGAGUACUGUCCUUUUAGAACCCUAAACCAGACUCAGGUAAAACUAGAAGGCCAUGAUGCAGUGGUGGAGGAAGUUAGGAAUUAAUACCAGGUUGUUUCCUGGGAUUCUGUGAAGUACAACAUGGGCAUUUUCAGUUAGAACUCUAAGUUUAAAGUGUUAGAUGAUUGAGGAUCUGAGGCAGGGGAAAUGGGCAUGACCCAGUAUGCAUCUCUCCCUUAUGUUACAAAUUCCAGAGCAGGGCUGGGCAUGGUAGUGCAUGCCUUUUCUCCCAGCAGGUGGAAAGCAGAGGCAGGUAUAUCUGUGAAUUUGAGGCCAGCCAGGGCUAUAUAGUGAGACCCUGCCGGAAAGGAAAGAAAAGGAAAGGGAAGGGGAAGGAAGGAAGGAAGGAAGGAAGGAAGGAAGGAAGGAAGGAAGGACGGAAGGAAGGAAGGAAGGAAGGAACUAAUUUCAGAGUAAAAAUGAAUGGUCUCCUGUGGAAUCAAGCCUUUUUUUUUUUUUUUUUUUUUUAUGUUUAUAUUGAAUGGAAUUAAAAUACUUCACAGUAAAUGCUUGCCACAGCCUCCAUCAGAGAAGCAAGAAAUAAAACAUUCAUACAAGAUGAGUUUGGAAGUUAAUGGUCCAGUCUUACUAUUGUGAGGCAGUAGUAGUUGGCCUUGUUUGGGGACCCCCAGACUUAUACAGCUAAUUUACACAUUACUAACCACACUCGUGCGGCUUGUGCUUCUAACCCCUGGAGAGUUUCACUAGGGGGGUUCUCCAUUCUCAUCCUGCUGGGAUCCCUCAGAGCCGGAUUUAACCAUCUUUAACCAUUCAGAAACAUAGUAGCUUUAGGAGAGUGGCUUGUGCCUGCUGCCUUGGAGGUUCCUGAACAUCCUGUGGAAACCUGGCUGUCACCAUAGAAACAAGGGCGGGCCUCUUCUCUGCCAUUAGUAAAAAAAGAGUGAAACAGGUUAUCUAUAGCACACCCCUCCCCCUCCGGAGUGCUAAAAUAUGUCACUCCUUGGGGAGAACCCUUGAGUGUGAUGAAUUGGCCCCAAAGGAGGGCUUAGCUUAAAAUUUGUUUUUAAGUUGUGUUUACGGAUCUUCCUCAAGGAUGGCCCACGACAGCCUUGGGUCCAGGCAGUAGUUGCCAAGGAUGGCCUCCCCUAGCUGCACCUGGCAGUGGGAUUUACGUGUGCUAAUUCUUGCUUGCAUUUUUAAAUACUGCUGUCGCCUGUUUGGUUUUCUUUCUUUCUUUUUCCCUUUUCCAUUGUACCACUUUUUCUCUUUCUCUUACCUUUUGUU